AUGAGGGCAGAUGCAGUGCCAUUUAUUUCUAACACUUUUAUGAUUAAGGAUAUUUGGAAUGAUAUUAGACCUAAAGGACAGAAAGCUACAUGGCAUAAGCUCAUCUGGUUUCCCAUGCAUAUACCGAAACAUUCCUUAAUUGUGUGGAUGGCUUUACAAGACAGAUUACCAACUAGAGACCGCCUGCAACGAAUGGGAAUUAGCAUUGAUUCAGUUUGCGUAAUCUGUAACAGCUUGCAAGAGACAAGAAACCACCUAUUUUCUAAGUGUUCUAUAGCUGCUUGCUUAUGGAAUUCUAUUUUGAACUUGAAUGGAAUGAAUCCUACGAACUUAGCUUGGGAGGAAACAGUUGCUACAGCAAUCAAUUCAUGGAAAGGGAAGUCUCUUCUCACCUUCAUUUUGAAGAUUGCUUGGUCUGCUUUUAUUUAUACUGUUUGGCAGGAAAGGAAUCAGCGUAUCUUCCAGAAACGGUCAAGAUCUGCUGAAAAUUUGCUUAAUGAAAUCAUUGAUGUUGUUCGGUUUAGUCUUAGGGGGAAAAACUUCAAUAGACUUGAUAGUACUAAUCUUAACCUAUGUAAUGUUUGGGGCUUAUAG